UCCAGAUUCUUAGAACAGGGGUUCUUAGAAGUGGUGAUGCAAGAAGUUUCUAGGAAAGCACUACCAGAUCUCGACAAAAUGUCUUGUGCAGCAGACAGCUGCAUCCAGUUCACGCGCCACGCCAGCGACGUGCUGUUCAACCUGAGCCGGCUACGCAGCAGAGACAUUCUCACCGACGUCACCGUCCUGGUCAACCGGCAGCAGUUCCGCGCCCACAAAACGGUCCUCAUGGCCUGCAGUGGACUCUUCUACACGAUAUUCACCGACUCGCUGAAGUGCAACCUGAACGUGGUCAACCUGGACCCGAAGGUGGACCCGGAGGGCUUCGCCAUCCUGCUGGACUUCAUGUACUCCUCACGUCUGACGCUGAAGGAGAGCCUCAUCGUGGCCGUCAUGAACACGGCCAUCUACCUGCAGAUGGACCACGUGGUCGACACCUGCCACAGAUUCAUCAAGUCCAGCGACUCCUCGGUCAAACUGCCCAGAGAGGAUUUUCUGGUCAGUCCUCUGCUUUUACCCCAGGACGUCCAUGCUUACAGACCACACGAGGUCGUGGAGAACAUGGCAGGGGGACGAUCGGGCCCUUUCAGAGACGGACGGCCCUACGGUGCCAUGUUUAACGCAGUGAACACACCCAGCAGCUCGUACCACCUGUACAGCCAGUUCUCUAUGCAGGCGUUUCCCUUCCCCAUCCCCAAACUGACCGACGCCAAGAGCACCUUCCCCGACUUCGCCAAAGGGAGCGUCCUCCAGCACAAACACUGCCGCCAGGCCGACGACUACAUCCGCAGUGCCAACGUCGGGCACUCCACCUACGCCUCCCGGGACAUGGUGAGAAGCGAGGACAUGAAGAAGGAGAAUCUGCAAAACUCGCCUCAGGGCAUUAGAAAGCACGGACUCGCCAGCCUGGCCCAGGAACAUCACAGCGACGCGGGCAGAGAUCGGGCUCCCGCCGCCGAGGACGAGCGGCCCUACCCCAGCGGGCGCAAGGGUCUGAUCGGCAGCCCGCAGAGCCCUCUGAAAUCCGACUGCCAGCCCAAUUCGCCCACCGAGUCGAGCAGCAGCAAGAACGCCGCGCUCUCGCACGUCUCGCAGCCUCCCGCCCCUCAGGGCACGCCGCCGGACCCCAAAGCUCGCAACUGGAAGAAGUACAAGUUCAUCGUGCUCAAUCAGAGCAGCAGGGAGGAGGAGGGCGGCCUCCACGAACCCGAGGUGCGCUCGCCGCAGAGGCCGGCGCUGCCCGCUUUUCACCCGGAGUCGGAGCACCCGGACUCGCAGGGUGGCAGCAAGACGAGCGAGCACGGAGACGAAUUCACGGUGCCACAGGCAAGCCGCCUGAACAACAUCAUUAACAGGAGUCUGGAGGCGUCUCAGAGGAACACCGACAGCCACGCCUCUCUCUACAUGAGCCACCUGAAGUGCACGUCGUGUGGAUCCCAGUCCCCCCAGCACUCGGACAUCUGCCCCAACACUACGGGUUCGCGUCUCAGCGAGGAGAUGAGCGAGCUGCACUCCGAGUACUCCGACUCCAGCUGUGAAAACGGAACCUACUUCUGUCACGAAUGCGACUCCAAAUUCGCCGAGGAGGAGAUCUUAAAACGCCACAUGCUUCAGGUACACAGCGACAAGCCAUACAAGUGCGACCGGUGCCAGGCGGCGUUCCGCUACAAGGGAAACCUCGCCAGCCACAAAACGGUCCACACAGGAGAAAAGCCGUACCGCUGCAACAUCUGCGGCGCCCAGUUCAAUCGACCAGCCAACCUCAAGACCCACACGCGCAUCCACUCGGGAGAAAAGCCAUACAAGUGCGAGACGUGCGGCGCCCGCUUCGUUCAGGUGGCUCACCUGCGCGCCCACGUCCUGAUCCACACGGGAGAGAAGCCAUACCCGUGCGAGAUCUGCGGUACGCGUUUCCGACACCUGCAGACGCUCAAGAGUCACCUGCGCAUUCACACGGGAGAAAAACCCUACCAUUGUGAGAAAUGCAACCUGCACUUUCGCCAUAAGAGCCAGCUGCGACUGCACCUGCGCCAGAAGCACGGCGCCAUCACCAACACCAAGAUCCAGUAUCGCAUGUCCACCGGCAGUUUCACCAACCUGACCAAGGCCUGCUGAGAUCUCUCUCUCGCUCUCUCUCUCUCUCUCUCUCUCUCUCAAACGGGCAUUCUCUGCGCCCUGAUAGGACAAUCAUCCGGAACUGUAGUGCCACACUGUGUUGAUCAGACGAGAAGAGAAAAAAAAAAUUGAAGGCAUUUGAUGCCGUUUUACGGGUUUCCUUUACAUGUGAACACAGAACCACGUGCGGUCUCUCGUCACUUUGUUAAUAUUUGUUUAUAAAUAAAUAUUCAGUCACGUCGAGUGUUUUUAAGCUUCGAGUUAUUCAAGAGUAAAAAAAAAAAAGCUUUAUUUUGUUGGAAUGUGUGUAAAAAAACAAAAGACAAACAAUUUUGGAAAUACAGUAUUUUAUAACAGUGUCGGGAUUUGAACUGAAGGUUGAUUAUAUUUUACAACAGUGGGUUCUGAUCCUGAUCAUUUAACGCUCUAGAUCAGCGCUCCCCAUCUAUAACACUCACUGUCCAUUUUAUCAGCUCCACUUACCAUAUAGAAGCACUUUGUAGUUCUACAAUUACUGACUGUAGUCCAUCUGUUUCUCUACAUGCUUUGUUACCCCCCUUUCAUGCUGUUCUUCAAUGGUCAUGACCCCCACAGAGCAGGUAUUAUUUAGGUGGUGGAUCAUUCUCAGCACUGCAGUGACACUGACAUGGUGGUGGUGUGUUAGUGUGUGUUGUGCUGGUAUGAGUGGAUCAGACACAGCAGCGCUGCUGGAGGUUUUAAACACCGUGUCCACUUACUGUCCACUCUAUUAGACACUCCUACCUAGUCGGUCCACCUUGUAGAUGUAAAGUCAGAGACGAUCGCUCAUCUAUUGCUGCUGUUUGAGUCGGUCAUCUUCUAGACCUUCCUCAGUGGUCACAGGACGCUGCCCACGGGGCGCUGGUGGCUGGAUAUUUUCGGUUGGUGGACGAUUCUCAGUCCAGCAGUGACAGUAAGGUGUUUAAAAACUCCAGCAGCGCUGCUGUGUCUGAUCCACUCAUACCAGUACAACACACACUAACACACCACCACCAUGUCAGUGUCACUGCAGUGCUGAGAAUCAUCCACCACCUAAAUAAUACCUGCUCUGUGGUGGUCCUGACCAUUUGAAGAACAGGGUGAAACAGAUGGACUACAGUCAGUAAUUGUAGAACUACAAAGUGCUUUUAUAUGAUAAGUGGAGCUGAUGAAAUGGACAGCGAGUGUAGAAACGCUGCUCCCACCUAGUGGUGGUAGGAUGCAAUAGCACCCGAAGUGUGCUGCAAAUUUCAUUGCAUUUUGGAACGAGCUCUAAUUAUAAUAAAUGACCGUACGGACCGUGGCGGGUGGGGACCGCUGCUCUAGAAUGUCCAUCUCGGGUGUGAAGUUGGAUUUGUUUGGUACGUGCAUGUCGGUACUGGUCAAAAAGAAUCAAGGAAGCAAACACAGGCGACGAUGCUUCGUUAGAUCCUAAAUUAAAGAUUGAACUCUGCUGGCAGAAUCAAUCUUUUAAUAUAUAUACUUAUAGAUCUAUAUAUAAGUAAAUAAAUAAAUAAAACACAUUAAAAUGAAUGAACUGAUAUGGUACGACAGAAAUAUGAAGAUAUUUUACUUUAGCUAUAGCCGUGUUCCUACACAUGUGACUUUAUUUGUAUUUCGCAAGUGAAAGUUUACAUUUUAGUCCUCGUACUAAAAGCUUUAGUAAAAUAUACAGAUAAAAUAUUGUAUUACAGCAUCGCAUUUCUCUCUCUCUCUCUCUCUCUGUGUAUGUAAAUACACUGUGUAUACAAGGUGCCUUUCUCAACGGCGACUGAAUUGCUUUCCGUUCAGCCCAGCUCUUGUUGUUCCUGUUCGGUCGUGACAUUUCAUGUGUUUUAUUAUUGUUAUUUUUUAUUAUUUGUAUUUUUUUGGUUGGUUCGUUUUAUUAAACAUGCCCUUCAAGCAGAAAAUAAGCAGAUCGUUGCUCGAGCCGUGUGCACCUUCAGGUCGUUUUGGGAUGGGGCUUUUUCUUAAAACGCAUUAAGCUAACUGUAUAUGAUGUGUAUGAAUGUAAAAUAAAAGUAUUGCAUUUCUA